UCCUCAACCUGCACCUUCCUCCCACUUUUUUUUGAUUGAUCUCGUGCUUUGUUCAACUUUUUACUCACUUACCUCUUCUCAGUCUCCCAGUCUCUUAGACCUCCGCUCUGCCUCUCCCCCGCAUCGCGCUCAAUCCUUCCUCUUUCACAAUUUUUUUCAACAUUAGCCGUGACCUUUUCUGAAUCUCAAUCCGUGCGGUCUCUAUUUCGCCUUUCGCUCUCUAAGAAAUUUCCCCCUUUUCUGACAAAUAAGGCUACCCUUCAAUGCGAUUAUCCGAAGCAGACGCGCCUUUAGAAGUUAAAGCGGCCCGUCCGUUUGCUUGCACCUAUGAUGCUUGUCAAAAGUCCUUUUCGCGUAGAUCUGACCUUGUUCGCCAUGUCCGAAUUCAUACCAAUGAACGUCCGUUCAAAUGUGAUUUUUUAUCCUGCGGGAAAUGUUUCAUUCAAAGAUCUGCUUUGACGGUGCACAUGCGUACUCAUACCGGCGAAAGACCUCAUGUCUGCGAGCUCUGUGGUAGAGCUUUCAGCGAUUCCAGCUCUCUAGCCCGUCACCGGAGAGUGCAUACUGGCAAGAGACCUUAUCGUUGUCCUUUUAACGGGUGCGACAAGACUUUUUGCCGCAAGACGACGUUGAUAAAGCACCACAAGGGUCAUACCGAAGAUGGUCUUUUAUUGAAUAGUCCCGAUUAUUCAUCAAAGUCAAGUCCUACAGGCGACUCCACAAGUGCUUCAUCAUCAUCCACAAUGACGCCCUUGUCUACCAAUUUUUCUUUCGCUACUUAUUCAAGUCAUCCGGAACAAAUUUAUUCAGCACCAGCUUCUUCUCAAUAUUUCAACAUUCCUGCACUUCAUCAUAGUCAAGACAGUAACUUUUCAUGGGGUAAUCCUAGCAAUCAAUUUUCACCUUCACCUAGUUUUCCAAGACCUAAUAAUACCACCUCAGGUUGGUCAUCUAGAGCGCCGCUUUCGGAAUUCCCAAUGACUUCAAUCUCACCAGAAUAUAAUCGAUUUCCUCGGGAAACAGCUUUCAAUAAUCCUCCUCAUUCUACCGACGCGACGUCUAGCUCCCGGUCAUUCUCUGUUUCUCAAGGUUAUGGCUCCAACCCACAGGACAACAUCCUUCCUGAUAUCAAGCCAUCAUUUCCAUUCCCACCUACCACCUUACAUCAAAGUGCUCCUACUGUCUAUCACGAUACAAAUCCCUACACGAGUUCUUUUGCAAAUACAGUAGUAAAGGAAGUCCCUAAUGAACCGAGUUAUUCUUCGGGAACGCACAUGCUCGAUGUCGGGCGACACACGAAUGUCGCUGAUUUUAAUAACAGAGAAAUGUUACCACCUCUUGGUAACAUACCAAUCCAACCCUUAUCUUUACCAAGAAUGAGUAAUAUCGAUUUAUCAUCUAGUAAAUUGAAUGGAAUUGGAUCUUAUUGGAAAUCCGAAUCUACAUGGGAAGGUUGAAGCUUGGUAUUUAUUUGCAAAUUGUAGUUUUCUAACUUUGCAUACAUUUUUUUUCUUAAACUUGUAUACACAUCUUUAUUUUUUCUGAUAAAGACAUUUAGAAGAUGUUUGUUUUUUUAUGUUUGAUUUUUCUCUCGGUAUAUUUUCCUUUUAGUUUUUGAUUUUCUUGUACAUCAUCUAUAUAAAAUUUGUAUCUUUGGUUUAUGUUAUCCUUUUCGAGUUUUUCAUCGUCUUUUCUAUUUACAUUUUAUUUUAUUUGCAAAUUUUUGUGUUGGAUGUCGAGUUUAUCUGUAAAGGUUUUUCAAUCUUUUAGACAAGAAGUUGUAAUUUGUUUUGCUUAAUUACUACUUAUUGAAUCAUUUUGCAGGGAAUCUGUUGUUUCCUUAUCAAUUCCUGUACCCCUUCCUCUUCAAAAGAGUCUUUCUUUAAUUCUAGUUUAUUUGCAGCAACCUCAUGAGAAAACUUCAUAAUUAGCUUGCUC